UUCAACAUUAUCCAUGGCUCCGACGCUAGUCGACGACGCUGCGUGCACGGCCGCUCUGCGCGGCCUCCUGAGUAUCCUGCCCUCUAAUGGCAGUGCAUCGCAAUGUGAAGCUUCUUCGUUGUCUCUGGUCGUGAAUUUCCGGCACGUGGCCGUCUCCUCUGUCCAACAGAGGCUGCAGAGUGUGGCGGCCAUGGAGAGCUACUCGCACUCUCUGCUGCGCUAUCCACUGGUGAAACAGGCCUUCUGGGAGCAGGUUUUGGCCUCAGAGCUCAUGUUGGGAGGAUCCACGACUCGCAGGCAGCAGCUGCAACUGCAGCUACGAGACAAGCGAUUCCCAAGAGUAGUAUUAGAUUUCUCUCGUCGUAAGGUGACUGUGGAGCUGCUGGAGGCGCUGGCGCAGUUCUUAGUGACACCACAACCGCAGAUAACAUCGAUGCAGUCACAAUUCUCAGGCGUAAGGCAGGAACGGCAUGUGGGGACUUUUAUUCGAGUGGUACCAGUGGCUCUCAAGUUCGUGAGGUGUCGACUUACCACUGAACUAAUAGAGAAGCUCAAGACGCUGCUGUUGAGUGAUAAAAGGGAAGAUGGACAAGGGGCGAGGGUGAAAUAUUGCGUCACGUCAUUAGAUUUGAGUGAGAACGCCAUGAAGAGCGCGGAGUUGACGGCGCUGGCGGAACUGCUGGACGAGUGUGGACGACGCAGACGACUCCGUUGGGAGAUGCCGCUGGAAAAGCUGGUGCUGGAGAACGCACUUACUCGGACACUCACGACGGAGAACUGGAUAGCAUUCCGAGCGUUUGUGGGUGCAGCAUUUGGUCUUAAUACAGACAGUAAGACGCCUUUGAAGAGGCUGUCAUUGGCAAAUAAUUCGCUGAGUUAUCACCACGUUGGCUGCAUUUGCUCGGCAUUGAGAAGUGAGACUACCAAACUGGAGGAGUUAUCUCUGGCACAUACAUUCUCGCUCGUGGACCCUGCGGAUCGGAAAACGUGUUGGCAAUGGCUGGCAAUUGGACUGCGAUCUAUGAUUCAUCAAGAAGGGAGAACAGGACUGCAGAGACUGGACUUGUCGGGUAACCCUUUGUAUCCCAUGGAGAGUGAAGCGUGGAUCGAAGGUCUUCGUGAUCCACAAGCGACAGUAGCUCGAUGGCUGGAAGAUGUUGAGCUUCAAUCGCGACCUAAUCAAGAUGCAACAAUGAUCCGUUGUCUCUUGUCUAGCAGCACGGAGUUGUACUCAUCCCCUACUAAGUCAUCCCCACGACUAUGUAUUAUCGAAAACGAAGUCAAAGCUGCAAGUCUCGGUGCUGAAUCCAAGGAGUGGGAAGUAUUAGCCUCUCUAGACGAAGAUCCUACAUGGCUCUGCGUGGUUGUCCCUGGCUUCGGAGUCGUUUGGACCCAAGCAAAGCACGCAAUGUAUUGGGAACACACCGAGGACGGCCUUAUCCCUGGUUCCGCAGUACUUACAGAGCUGGUAAUGAAUGACAUGGCCGCUUCUUUGACUACUACAGAGGCCCUGGAGCGAUUCAUUGGCGGUUUUGGUGGGGGAUUGCGAUCACUAGAACUUCGACGUAACGCGUUGUCAGCCAUGGACCUCGAUGCGAUUCUGGCUGAUUGUCAACAACUCCACACUCUGGACGUAGAAGGCUGCAGGAUUCUUCAGCUCCAGCUACUUGUCGACGCACUUAAUAGAGACCUCGGUCGACAUCUUCGGACACUGAACCUCAAUGCCAACCUCGUUGGUGCCGACUCUGUGAACGUGUUAGCCGCAGCUCUACGCGGUCAAGUACAGGAAAACGUUCCAGUAUUACAGGAACUACGUGUGGCACACAAUGAGAUUGGUGCCAACGGUGUACGUCACCUGCACGCCGCACUGGAAACCAACAAGACGUUGACGCUGGUGGAGUUGGAUCUGCCCAAUGAAGACGCAGAUGCGCCUCGACGGCCUGAUGACGACGAGUACAUUCAACUCUAUCGAACUCGAUGCAUGCGGCUCGAUGUAUCUUUCCAAAACGAGCUACUAGAUGUGACUCCACUGCCUAUGGACCGUAAGUUUACGUUCUUACUGGCAUUAAACGCUCAGGACUUGGUACUAGAUCGAGGCAUCUGCAGUGUCAUCUUUAGUUAUGCAGCUAGCGAGAAGCGACGACGUAUACUCUGGAACUCUGCGCACCCUUAAAAAAGAGUAAAGUUCGCGUAAUACAGCGUUUGGCGUCAACAUA